AUGAACUGUAGUAUAAGGCUUUUUGUCAUAGUUGUACUUUUGGUACAUUUAACAUGGCUCUGUCAAGUAGAAACCAAACCGUGUCGACCUGGUUUAAUGAUGUGCAAUCGGCGCAAAAAUGGAAAGCGACUUUUUGUCCCUGGACAGGUUUGUGUAACGUAAAAUGUUUAUAACAUAUAUGUAUAGUAACGAUUGCUUUUUCGCAAGUUACUCAUUGCCGGUAAAAUUGUUUUUAUGUUGCUGUAUAGUACAGUCCCUGACUGGUACAGACUAUUAUGUUGCAUUUGAAGUCCACGUGGUCCUGUAAUUGAAACAGAACGAGGUGUUUUACUGGGCUACAGAGAAGUCAGUGAUGUCAUAAUUCAUAAGAAGAGCAAUGAUAUACGAUGAAUACGGGCUUAUUAUUAUCUUCACAGAACAAAGCUGCAAGGUUAUAUUUGUAAAGAUACAGAAAUAUAGGGUUUCUGGCGUUUGAGUCAAUACAAAUAAAUUUCUGCAGCACAAGUGCACUAGACUGGGGUUGGUUCAGUUGAGUUGCAUCUUGGGUAGAAUGAAAAGACAUUUAAUUUUAAGUUUGUCGUUCUUCGUUGUGAUGCAUGCGACCUUUAGUUUAGCUGACGAGGGUGGUGACGUUUGUUCUAUGUAGCCUUCUUACGAUGGGCCAUUUCUAGCCGCUUUUUUAGUGCGACUGGAGCAUGAACUCAGACCAACAAAUCACUGACCAACCAAUGGAAGAAAAGCCUAUAGCGGAUCGACGAAGAUUGUUUUGAGCAUCUUUUUGAUAAAAUUAAUGGGUUUUAGUACCUUAGAUUAAUGUAUUUCUGUCCUAAAAAAAUUAAGAAGGAACGGGACAUAUGCUACAUAGAAAUUCUGACAACGUAAGGUCUUUAUCUCCCGGUGACAUCCUUAAUAUUCACAUAAGCAAAAUUCCACAAAAAACAGCAAAACAUUCAUAUCAAAAUGGUCUUUAAAAAUGUAGCUUAACCACGACAAAUAGCUAAAAUCCAAAAUGGCACUUAUCAAGACUGCUAUUUUCUAAUGACGUUGAAUGCCUUAAGCAGUGGUAUAUGCUCAGCCUACAGUAACAAAACGACGUUGCACAGCACAUUGUCUGGCAAAAAAGGGAAUUAUUUCCUCUUAUGAUAAAGAAGGGGUGCAAAUUUGGUGUGUUCCUUUAGGUGCUAGCACAAAAUGUAUCAUUUAAUUGGGAGCAAUUUAUAAAAGAAUACACUGAUCAUGCCAAAACCUUUUACCAGUUAAUUAAAUAACAACAAAAACUUGUUUUGCCCUUUCGUUGAGUUAUAUGUUUUAAAGGUAUUCUUAAUUAGCCUAAAAGAAGCUCGUCUGCGGCCGCUGUUAUUAUGGCAAUUAUUAGAAUUAUAAUUUUUUCUUAUGUCGGAGAAGGAAGCUGUCACCCAUUGCCUUCACAACAGAGAUGUUACCCCAAGCUCUUUGUUAAGUGUUAAUAAUCAGCAGAAACAAAAGACAAAAGACACUGGGUUAUAAAUUUGGGAAUUCUUGUAACUGCCUUAUUACCCGUAGAUCUAAACCUCUAAACUCUUCACAGAACCAAAUGAGCCGUAGAAUCUUCAUUUCUUUCUUUGUUGCCGUAUUUUUCGUACUACUAUUGUUUAAUAUGACGGAGGCAAGUUCUAAAGACAGAUGUAGGCCGGGCUCCAUGGUUUGCCGCUAUACUGGUCGAAGGGGAAUCAUUACAGGGGUAGGUGUACAAAAUACAAGCGAAGUGGGCAAACUAUGUCUGGACAAAACUGAUCUUGCUAUCAGACCGUGUCAGCGGUCAAGAUUAGCCUGAGACUGAUAUGAGGAAUUAUGCAGAUCUCCAAGGGUGUUAUCCCACUCCACCCGCGGCCUAUGCGGACUAAUUGUAAUGAGCAUAAAGAUCUCUUAUAGUAAGAAAGCAACAUCAAAAUCGUUAGCUAGCCACGUCUACACGUAGCAGUAAUGUGAUUAACAUUUAUAACAUGUAAGUAAAGUGCACGCUCUGAUAAGGCCUCUUUAGCUUCUAUGCUUUGUUUCCCAGUGAAGGUCUCAGGGGAAUUUACCCAUUAAUCCUCUCAUAAAUUAUGCGUACAAAUGCAUGCGAAUAAAAAUUGAAAAAAGAUACAGUUCCCUGGAGUAUCGUCACAUGACACACAUUUUGUUCACAAAACAUACAAGCUAAAAACCUUGCACAUAAAAAAAAGAGGCAAAAAAGCACAACCCAAAUUGAGAUGCUGAGCCGUUCACCAUUUGUUAAUUAAAUCUUUUUUCCACUUAUGUCCCGUCUCUUUUUCCCCCCUUAAAUUCAUGACAGAUAGAGGAUCAGCCUGUUCCAAAAAGACGCCUGACAGCAGAUGACAACGUGCAUUUAACGGUGAGUUUACUGUAAUGUUCAUUUUUCUGCGACUUUAAGAACAGCAUUUUAAAGACAAGUUGCCUUUUAUUUAAACAUUACCUCAAUUAAUAUGGUCCUUAAGUGACACAAAUAAGAUUAAUUAAUUCAAAUUACAGAUUCAAGAUGGUGGAAUUAAACAGUUCCCUCUUCCUAUCUUAAUGACGUCACCUUGACGCCACUGCUAUUGAUGAAGAUUCUCAGUGUGUUGUCAACUUUACAAUCUUGUCAAACACGUUCAUAUCUAUAUUUUUAGGGGAAGGAUAGCAAAGUUCAACAAGAUAAAGCCAAGUGACGACACGUUGUCGCCUCAAGUGAAUUAAUUUGUAUUUUGAUGAUAAAUUGAUGAGUACAGGAGUAUCUUCUUUCUGUUUCAACUUGGUGGCCGUAUCAUGAGUGCUUAAAGUUAGAGAGAGGGUGGGAGGCCUUUGAAGUCCCACGCCAGCUUCAGGAUCAGGGUGUCUAAUGAAGCCGGAUAUUUCAGUGUUGCCAAAAAAAAAAAAAACUAAGACAAAUUGAUUAAACAUUGAGCGUAUAAUCGCAUCUUGUGCACUAUCGGGAGUGGAAGGCUGAACGCGAGUAUAAGUAGAGUAUACGUAAAACAUUCUGUGUUACUCCCUAAUGAUUGUUUUUUCACGCGUAUCCUGAAAUAUUCAUGUUUAUUAUUAUUAUAUUUUUAUUUCUAGAAUCUUAUCGACGAGGAAAACAAAAAAAUUCUGGGAAGAUAA